GAAAACAAGCGAUUGGUUGAGGGUAUUUAAAGGGUGGCUGCAGUGCAUUUCUGUUGUACAACAAAGACAGUCAACAUGAAGUGGUUCAUUCUCUUGCUUUUGGUGGCGGUGGCCAGUUGUCAAAAGAAUGACAAAAAAUAUGCGAGAACUCCUCUAGGAGAUAACAUCGAUAAAGCGUCCGCUCGAAUUUUGCACGAAACCUAUAUACUAGCGACUGACACUAACAUCGUUAGUUCACCUUUGGGGGUGAUCUUUCUUUUGGCGAUCUACUCCUCCGGCACUCAGGGUAAAAUGAGGAAUGAAAUUACGAAACUGCUCGGCGAGACCGACUAUAUACAGAUGACGGACAAGUACAGUAAUCUGAGCAGCGAGUUUUCCACAAUGGACUCCAACUACCUAAACCUGGCCAACAAGAUCUACUUAGCCGAGAAAUUCACGUUGAACAAGAAGUUUGAAAAGACAGCGCUGGCUUAUGAGGCAGAGGUGGAAUCAAUUAACUUCCACGAUACAGAGAAGGCAGCAAAUACCAUUAACCAAUGGGCCAACAAAAAAUUAAGAGGCAUUAUCACGAACCCAGUGUCAAGAAGUGAUCUGCGCCCGGACGCGUCUAUAGCACUCAUCGACCUGAUUUACUUCAAGGGACGCUUGCAAGAGGGUUUCGAAGCUUCGUUGACUGAGAAUAAGGACUUCUACACCAACGAGACAACGACUGUUAAGAAAAUGAUGAUGCACUACAGAGGCACCCUCUUGUUUAAAGAUGACAGCCAGCUCGGAGCUAAGGUGGUAGAGUUACCAUACCAAGAACCCGGUUUCCGCAUGGUGGUGAUCUUGCCGAAAGAAGUGGAAGGUCUCCCAGAGGUCCUGGAGAAGGUAGCGCGAACUGGUCUACUGGAUUACGUCUUCGGCAUGCGAACCUCCAGAUCUGACAUCGAUUUGUAUUUACCCAAAUUCGACAUCAAAAGUAGUCUGAAUUACGCAGAAAUAUUACCAGAGGUGGGAGUGAAUGAGAUAUUUAGCAAGGGAGCGGCUGGCGUAGUGGACAACGACGUUGUUACUGUAUCUAACAUAUUCCAAGAAGCCGCAGUGAGGGUGGACGAGGCAGGCUCUAGUGCAGGCGUAACUGGCGGAAGCAAUGCAGGUCCAAAGGCUUCAGACUCCAGGGCAUCAUCACAAGCAUGGGAGUUCAUCGCGGACCGCCCAUUCCUCUUUACCAUUCUAUAUCACGAUGUGGUCGUGUUUCUUGGCACAUACACUCAUUGAGUAACCAAGAUAUUUGUUCAUUUUUAAUAAAUAUUUUAUUAAAAUAAA